AUGUCCCAACCUCCAAUACUUCCUAAUUCCAGCUCACUACCUAGUCCUACGCCACAGUCCAACUCACCACCACCUCGAGAGCUGCAUGAUAGUGACUCACCAAGUUCAGAUCGCACUGUCUCGGAGUCAACAACUUCUAAUUCUAAUUCAUCAUCAAGUCAGAAAAGGAUCACAAUACGCCCAGUAGGCACAUCGUUUGAACCAUUCGGAGCGCAUAGGGGAAUUAUCAAAGCCAUUACUCGGAUAUUCCCCGAUGCUAUAAAAACAUAUAGGGUUGCCCCUACACAUAUGAAGAACGUGUGGUUUAACGAAUUCAAGAAAUUUUAUGAGUGGAAUCCUGAAGACGAGGCAACUAUUGAGAGUAUAUUUCACAAAAGAGCUCCUAGAAGAUUGUCUGACACGUUGCUAGAGGUGCGCAAGAACUUGGAAGAAGGUAAGGCAAAACCAGAUUGGAUGAAUGAUCAUGUUUUGGCUCAAUACCGCAUCAUUUGGGAUUCAGAGGGUUUCAAGAAGAAUGCUAUGAAGAAUAAAAUAAAUAGAAAUUCAGAUUGCGGGGGGUUGGGACCGUCACUACACACUGCAGGUUCAAUCCCCAUUACUGAGCACAGGAGAAGAUUGAAAGAAAAGUUAGGAGUGGAGCCAUCUCAUGCAGCGUUGUUCCAGGCCACACACAAACGCAAAAAGACAGAUGAGUUUGUGUGCAAAAAGGCUCAACAAGUAAUGCACUACUUCCCGGAGGCUGCGAAACAAAAGAACUCAAAAUCUGGAGAACCAUCUACAGAUUCAGCUCGUGAUGAACAACUUAUGCAAUUAAAGGAAGAGAAUAAGUAUAUCUUGGAGAAAGUUCAAAUGCUCGAAGCUCAACUUGCUGCACUUAGAGGUAUAAAUCUGCCAUCGUUCCAAUCUUCUCCUAAUUUGCAUGGGGCCGGUAGUCAUGAAAGCAGUGGUGUUGCGUUAGAUGACAUCGGAUUGAAUGAUGAUACACAAUUUCCUUUGCAAGAGGAAUAG